AUGGGCUCGUUGCCGAAUUUACACGAACUUUCACGUGACAAAGAGAACCCCCCGAUAGUUCACAGGCCCUCGCCGAUCGGUGGAUUUGGCCCGAUUAAAUUACCUCCGCAACCCCCUCCACUUGCCCAGACAAACAGGAGGGUUAAGAGUAGCAGCGGGCAUCAUCAUACUUUGUGGGAUAAUGACGUAAUGUUAGAGCACAUGACAACAUACUCACCAAUAUCAUGCCGUUCAGCGCGCGCAUCAGCCCUCUCGUGUCGUCGUCGAGAAUCAAUGACCUCCUCAGCUACUGGUACUUCAUCAGUUCGCCGGCUUAUAGCCGCAGUAAGAGCCAGUACACCCUCGGCGGCGUCAGGAAAUAAUAUUUACAGUACCGGUUAUUUAGGAUGUAAUAUUCAGCCACGUCCAUCUAGGAAACUAGUAAUUCGACACUGUGCUGCCCUAUUUUUGGGACAUAUGACAAUAUCUGCGGCGACACUUCCGCUUUUACCACUUCAAGCUGGUCUGGGGGCAUUCAAUUCUCACCUGGGGCCAAUUCUUCUUGCGGUUUUGUACGGAAUAGCGACAAUUACUUCAAUGUUAUCGACAGUAGUUAUUCAAAAACUCGGGACUAACAUUGUCAUCUGUUUAAGUCAUUUUGUAACGAUACUAUUUUUAGUGACCCAUCUAUAUCCAAAGUGGUAUGUUUUAUUGGCCAGUUAUGCCCUCUAUGGAAUGACAUUGAGUCCGUGGUUGUUAUCACGGACCUCACACGUCAACAUCUGUGCGAGUAAUUUAAGUGUUAUCUACGCAACAGAUCCUGAUGAUCCUGAUGAUCCUGAUGAUACCAAACGAGAAUGCAUUUUACGAAGGCUUAAUCGGAUUCUAAAACUUGCUGAAGAUUUGGGACUGGCUGUCGGCUGCCUGAUUGCUGGACUAAUUAUCAAAGUUAUAAAUCCACUGACUAAAGCUCUGGAUUCAAGUGAUCUUGAAGACGUUGGAAGCACGUGUGGAGCGGAAUACUGCCCCCAAGAAACCUAUUUUUACAAUCAGACUCUCCUUUUACCAACAAUGGCAGUCGAUACAGCAAAAGUAAUCCUUAGUGUAUACUUGGGGCUGGGAGCUCUCGCAUUUGGAAUAUCCUGUGGAUUUUUAGACUCCCGAUUACGUGAACCACAAAGUUCACUAGACCACCAGUCGGUACGUCAGCAUUUAAAGUCAUUAAAACAGAGCUUUCAGGAUCCAAAGCUUCAGCUGGCUGCACCACUUACACUUUUUAUUGGAUUGGAACAAGGUUUUAUCUACAGUGAUUUCACCGAAGCUUUUGUCGUUUGCGCGCUAGAUGGGGCUGGACCUGUUAUUAUAAGUUUUCUUACCUUUGCCCUUCUUCAGGCUCUUGCUGGAGUUACUCUGUCAAUGCUGAUGCGUCAUAUUCGUCGACAUUUUGUUGUGGCAGUAGGAUUUGCCUUUCACGCGUGUUUAUUACUCGCUUUAGUAACCUGGCGCCCAGCGGGUGACGACCCAGCAUUAUUCAAUGUAAUAUCAGCUGCUUGGGGAGUCUGCAACGCCAUCUGGGAGACACUAAUCCUAACCCUUUUACUAGGAUUGUACCCAUCAAGCUGGCAAGCUCCCUUAUCAACCUCGAUAUUCUGGAAGUACCUGGGGCUGUUCCUGGCACUGGGCCUCCACGGAGUGGUUUGCACCCGAUUGAGGGUUCUCGGGCUCGGAACGUCAUUGAUCCUCGCAGUGGUGCCUUACAUUUGGCUGGAACUUCGUCUGGCCAGAAGAGGAAAAUGCCUGGUAACGACAUCCUCCUCCUGA